AGACACACGGCGCGGGCGAUCUCCUUUUAUCGUUUCCUUCCGAACACGCUAUGGAAAGCAUGGCGCUAGAUUCUGAAACAAAACCAGUUAGAAUAAACCAACGUAUUUCAAUAUAGAAAUUAGAAACGUACUAUAAUAUGCUUGUUUUAGUGAAUUUAGAUACAGUUUAUUCGAAAAGGUUAAAUUAAAGAAGAUUUAAUAAGGUAGCUUCAAGAGUCUUCGCAGAAGUAGCAAAUUUUACAUGUUCGUCUAGCAACCUUGGGCCACUGUUUACAUCGGAGUCAACAUGGAGGUCGAGAAUAUGGGGGACUGCACGGACACGAAGGAAAAAGUCGAAAUAGCAUGCAUUUUGGCAAGGAUUCUUGCUGCAGAGAGCGAAGCAGACGCCGCAAAGGCAGUCAAAGACCGUAUUAAGCGGCAGUUGCUACUCAACGGGUGUACAUUUUAUGCCUUGGCGCUUCCCACGAGAGUCUGCAACCGAUCGACGUGGGCUUUCAUCCGCCACGAAAAGUGGUUCGAGGAGACUGUGCCUCACCUCGGUGGCCACAACUUCAAGCAGUCGUUUCGAGUGAACCCCUCAACGUUCCGGUUUCUCGUGGAAAGUCUGCGCCAUGUGCUCGAAAAACAAGUUACCAACAUGCGUGACCCGAUCACUGCGGAAAAGCGUGUCGCCAUUGGCCUCUACAAAUUGUGCUCUUCUGCCGAAGAUAGAACUGUGGCAAACCUCUUCGGCGUUGGGCGCUCAUCCGUCAACGUCAUUUACAGAGAGUUUUGCGCAGCUGUUGUCUCUGUGCUCGAAAGUGACUGGAUCAGAAUGAUUACUGAAGAGGAAAUGCCUAGGCACAUCCAAGAGUUCGAAGCCGUGUGCGAUUUCCCUCAAGCUGUCGGUGCCCUUGAUGGCUGCCAUUUCCCUAUUUCGCCUCCAAAGAAGUACGCCACCGACUACUACAACUACAAGGGUUGGCACAGUAUUAUCCUACUAGCAUUGGUCGACCACAAGUAUCGAUUCAGAUACUGCAAUGUCGGUGCCCCAGGACGCUGCCACGACGCACAUGUGUUUGGUGUUUCACGGCUGUCGAAGAUUGUCAACAGUCCCCUUUUUGCGAGCACUUCAACGACAGUGUCCACCCACAGUGGUUAA